AUGACCGACUCGGGGGGUGGAUCGGCGGCACCGGAGACGGGGAGAGCUGAGGUGCCGAAGGGUUCAGGCUCCGGGGCUGCGGAGAAGGGCCGCUCAUGGGCGGAUGUGGCGAAGGGAGAGCCGCGGAGGCAAUAUGGGUCCUCCUAUCGUUCCUCCCCUCGGGUGUUGGAACUGCUGCAGAAGAGGUUCUCCGAGGUGGUGGACGUCCCGGAGGAGGAGUUGGAGGGAAACCGUUCGGAAUGGCGGAACUCCACGAUCAUUGUGAGAAGCCUUGGGAGGUAUGUUCCAGCGGACUGGGUGGCGAGGGAGAUCAAAAGAGUGGGGCGCUUGGGAUACGAUGUGGAGUGCUUCUUGUUGAUGGACGGUUUCUUCGCCGUCCGGUUUGCGAACGAGGCCGAUCGGGAAGCGGCUAUGGCGAGGGGGCUGUGGAUGGUGGCCGGUCAGCUUCUUGCAAUGGACCGGUGGCGACCUAACUUCAUUCCGGGCGAUGAGGGGCUUAGCCGGGUGGUCGUUUGGCUUCGCAUGCCAAGGUUGCCCUUGGAUUACUGGAAGAAGCCGACAAUCAUGCGAAUAGCAGCCACUACCGGCACUCCUCUGGCUUUGGAUGAGGUCACAGAGCAGGGGAGGCGCUAUGGAUUCGCCAGGGUGAAGAUAGCUUUGAAUUGCUCAGCUCCUCUCAAACCGGGCACUCUUGUGAGGGGCUCAUCGAAGGGGGUAGCGGACGUUUUCUGGCAGGAUUUCAUCUACGAGAACCUGCCGGCUCCCUGCUCCAGGUGUGGGCGUAUAGGGCAUGCGACGGCGGACUGUACUUUCUCCAUGCCGGAGGCCGAGGUGGCAGAAGAAGGGGAGAUUCAGGGGGACGGGAUGGAGUCCCCGAGGACGUCGGCCCAGGAGAACAGGGGUAGUGGUGAACCGGAGGACCUGCCGAUGUUCGGCCUGUGGAUGGUCACGGGUCAUUCGCGGGCGCCGCGGGUGGCUAAGGUGCCGGCUCGGAGGAAGACGAGGGCUAAGCCUGGGGUUGGUCCGAGGUCGGCACCUACCUCUCCCCGAUCCGAUCUGAAGCCAGGCGUGAACAGGGCUGAUGCGGAGUCUUCCCCGAUCGACCUCGAAGGGUGGUAA